GACUUUGUGUAGAUGUGCUCCUUUUUCAUCAUUAACAAAUUCACGUUCUCUGGGACAAAUGUAUUUUGGAUAGCACAGGCCAAUCUGGAUGCAGUGGAUGUUGGAUGCAGUUCACACCCACUUAAUUGUGUGGGAUACUAAGCUGUUUACAAGACUUCAAUGUUCUGCUCAGCAGGGAUUGCUGCUCCCUCUAGGCCCAUUAUUUCUUUGCUUCUUUUCUGCUUACCUUUUCCUUUAGCUGUGUGUGAGUCACAAGCAUGUUUUUUUAAAAACUGCAAUUUUUUAUGGAAAAGGAGUUUGCUUUUCAAAAGCACAAGGAUUAUAACAGCGGUAUGCGAAACAAGUGGGUUCUAUUAAUUUAGAUUACAGUGAAAUAAAACUAUUUCUUCAUAAAAACAGAGUUGAUGUCCUCUCUAGAUGGUAUCCUGUACUGUGCGUGAAUUGUAUUUGCUGCUACCUUUUCACAGACUAUAAUUUUGCAUAUGUUAAUGAUUUUAUAAGACCACUCAUUCACAGGAGAUUUUGACCUGUAGAAACUGUAUUUCUCAUGAGCAACAGUUCCAAGCUCCCCUCCACAAUUCCUGACUGUAAAGCAGUUGUCUGAUUCUGAAGUCAAGGUGUCUUGGAUGCCACCAUUACAAGCAAAUGGACAAGUGCUGUACUAUAUGGUUUAUGUAUGGAACCAGUCAAGUGAAUUCAUUAUAAAUGUGACAGAAACAUCAGUGGUAUUAAGUGUGGAAAGUGGUAAGGAGUAUAAUAUUUCUGUAAGCGCCUGGACCAGGCUUGGUGAUGGAGACAUUAGAAGUGUAAUUACGUUCAAGACUUCUGUCAAAGGCCCAGAUGAUUCUUCAAGAAACAUUUCAUAUGUUAACAUAACGUCCACUUCAAUACAAGUGUACUGGAAUCCUGCAACAUUCGGUGGAAUAAGCCAAUUCUACACUGUUUAUUACAGUAACAGCUCAGGCAUUUAUAGUCAGAACGUUACAGUCUUUGAUUCUUAUACUGGUACUGCAAACUCAACUUAUUCCACAAUAAUUAAUGACCUUGUCACAUUCAGUCUAUACCGUCUAUGGAUUAGUACAAGUACUGCCCUUGGAAAUGAAAAUCUUAUGAGUGACACGAUAUAUGUGUACACAAAAGAGGAUGUUCCAGAGGAUUUGAAACCUGCCUUUCCUGUUCAGAUCAUCACAUGGGCUCUUCUUUUCUGGCUUCACCCUUUAAAGCCACAUGGGCUUAUCACGAAGUAUAAGCUUCCAGUUGACAGUAGUCAGAGUUUCCAUGUUUUCUCUACUGAGAUUUCUUCUGUUUUCUACAGUGGAAAUGUUUUAGGUUUCUUCGAGUGCAAUCAGUGUACAAUAAUUAUUUCUUACUCUUCUUAUUACUGAACAAAAGAACAUACAGUAUUAUGAAGUAAUUGGUUUGUGUAAUAAAAUCAGUUUGUAACAAUAGACAUGGUGCAAUUUGAAGUGAAACACUUCCAAUAUGUGAAAAUGUGUUUGUGUUUAAUUUUCCCUGCUGGCAAAUAAGAAUUGAUUAAUUAGUGUGAUUUUAAAGUGAUAAAAUGAAGUCAAGUCUGAAAGGGUCAGCUCAUUGAAAAAGUGUGGGUUGUCCAUGGAAUGUUUGAAGAGUGUGUGUGUCAUUUGUGCCAUUCCAUAAAAUUCUAGAAAUAAGCUAAUGUGAUGGGUAUAAAAGACCUUACAGUCCUUGUGCAAGAAGGAUGUAAUCAAAGUGCUAUUUUAUAGGUUUUGUUAUUUUGUUUUCCUGGUGCUGUUAGAUUAUCUUGGUAAUUACCAACGAGAAAAUGGCUUGAAGAUGCAUUCCACCUUUAUGUUAAGCUUUGGGUUAUAUCCAGUUGUAUUGUUUUACCGAUUGUAUAAUAGCAUCUAUUUUGUUUAAACAAUUAAAGCAGUUAAGUAUUCAAUAUUAUUUUA